UCCGUGUGCGCUCUGCGAGCUUUGCCGUGCGCUCACUGCGGCGCUGCCUGAGAGCCAUUCUUAGGCCUGACCUUACAGUUCCGUUUAAUGGCCGUGUUUGGGAUCAGGGCACGCAGCUCCGUCCUUGGAGACUGGCGUUCGUGGUCUGCCGUAACGCUGUCGCAUAUAACACCAGAGAAGUUCUAUGUGGAAGCCUGUGAUGAUGGAGCAGAUGAUGUGCUGGCUAUUGAUAGAGUCUCCACGGAAGUCACUCUUACAGUUAAAAAAGAUGUUCCCCCUUCAGCUGUGACAAGGCCUAUAUAUGGUAUUUUGGGAACAAUACGGUUGGUGGCAGGGACAUAUCUUAUUGUAAUAACAAAAAAGAAAAAAGUAGGUGAGAUUUUCAGUCAUGCAAUCUGGAAAGCGACAGACUUUGACAUCCUCUCCUACAAAAAGACGAUGCUGCACUUAACUGAUAUUCAGUUACAGGACAAUAAAGUAUUUCUAUCAAUGAUUAGUCAUGUUUUGAGUGUGGAUGGGUUUUACUUCUCAACAACUUAUGACCUAACACACACCCUGCAACGAUUAGCCAACACCAGCCCAGAGUUCCAGGAGAUGAGCCUAUUGGAGAGGGCUGAUCCACGGUUUGUAUGGAAUGGGCAUCUUCUUAGAGAAUUUGCUGCUCAGCCAGAGAUCCAUAGAUUUGCUACGCCAGUGAUGCAUGGAUUUAUCUCUAUGCACUCUUGUUCUAUUAAUGGCAAGUGUUUUGACUGGCUGCUUGUUUCCAGAAGAAGCUGUUUCAGAGCUGGUGUACGCUAUUAUGUAAGAGGUAUCGAUUCAGAGGGACAUGCAGCUAACUUCGUUGAAACAGAACAAAUUGUGCAUUACAAGGGGAGCAAAGCAUCAUUUGUUCAGACCCGUGGAUCAAUUCCUUUUUUCUGGUCUCAGAGACCAAACCUCAAGUAUAAACCAAAGCCGCAGAUCAGCAAGUCAGUAAAUCAUAUGGAUGGCUUCCAAAGACAUUUUGACUCACAAAUAAUCAGCUAUGGAAAGCAGAUGAUUGUUAACUUGGUUAACCAAAAGGGUUCUGAGCUGCCUCUGGAGCAGACAUUUGCAAAAAUGGUGAACAGCAUGGCAAAUGGAAUGGUCAGAUACAUAGCAUUUGACUUCCAUAAGGAGUGCAGUCGGAUGAGAUGGGAUCGGCUUCAGAUUUUACUGGAUCAACUAGCAGAACAGCAAGAUGAGUUUAGUUAUUUUCUAGUUGACUCAGAUGGUAAAAUCGUGACUCAGCAGGAAGGAAUAUUCCGCAGUAACUGUAUGGACUGCCUGGAUAGGACAAAUGUGAUUCAGAGCUUGUUAGCACGCCGAUCUCUUCAAGCCCAGCUUCAGAGGCUAGGUGUUUUGCAUGUUGGACAGAGAAUUGAGGAGCAAGCAGACUUUGAGAAAAUCUACAAAAAUGCAUGGGCUGAUAAUGCUAAUGCUUGUGCCAAACAGUAUGCUGGAACUGGUGCCUUAAAGACAGAUUACACAAGAACUGGGAAGAGGACUCAGUGGGGCUUAAUAAUGGAUGGCUGGAACUCAUUAAUACGUUAUUACAAAAAUAACUUUUCUGAUGGAUUUAGACAAGAUGCUAUUGAUCUCUUUCUUGGAAAUUAUUCAGUGGAUGAAGUAGAAUCUGCUAGUCCUCUACAUGUCAAGAAAGAUUGGAAGUUCUUAGCUUUGCCUAUUAUUAUGGUGGUUGCUUUCUCCAUGUGUAUAAUUUGUUUGCUAAUGGCUGGUGAUACAUGGACUGAGACACUGGCUUAUGUGCUUUUCUGGGGAACUGCAAGCUUUGGAACUUUUGCCAUCAUCCUUUACAACGGCAAGGAUUUUGUAGAUGCACCCAAGCUGGUCCAGAAAGAGAAGAUGGACUGAAUUUGUGUGUGUGGAAAGCGGCUUGGUACUGAGGAUUCCUCAAGCCACACUUGGAGUCUCUACUGACCUGCUUUCCACACUAAAUAGUGGUCUUAUGGACAUUCUUCAUUGGCAGCGCUGGAGAGAAACAGUCUCAGUUGCAAUGGUCUUUGGAAUAUUGCAUUAGUGAAGGGCCUCCACCCACUUCACUGAGAAGUCAAUGGUUAAGGGCAGCUUUUCGGUUUCUGGAAUGCUGUAGAGUGUGAAGUGGAUCGCUGAAGCUCACUGUCCAUGUGUGCAGUACUGGCUGAACUUCGGUUGGCAGGAGAGAGAGCUCUGCUGUUCAUGUGUCAAAAUACCUGGAUGAUAAAGCGGUAAUAAGAGUUUCUAAUUGUGUUCUCUGACCAAAUAAGGCUUCAUAACAACAGAAAGUCUUGUUCCAAGGCUCGUAGCUGGACUGCUUUUGCUGUGGUAAGGUCCAAGUCCUUCAUGCAUAUUUGUGUGGGGGAUUUUUUCACUAAAUAUUCAGGAUUUUUUGAAUCCUAGCGCUCCUCCAGAAUUACCUUUUUGUUCUGUGUUGUCUAUGACUGAUGCAAUAUUCUACUAAUCAUUGUUUGAGUGAGAGUUGUAAUUGGAUGCUCCUGAAGUUGCAAAUGUCUUGCACUGUUUCAGUACUGCAGUCUCCAGAUGAUGAUUCAUUAGUUAGCUCAUGAAAAUACUUUUUUCUUUUUUUCUAAGGAUGUAAAUGAAAUCAAAGAAUGUAAAACUCCUUGCGGGGUUUAUCAAAUCCUCCUUAUGCUAAAGGCCCAAAGUACUCCAUCGCUUCAAGAAUGGUUGCAAUGCAAAAGGUGAACUUGGUAUUGUUUUCCUAGUCAGCUGUCUCUGUUCUUUUUGUUAUUGUUGUUGGAAUAAUUUACAAAAAAAGGAGUAUGAAUCGGAGGAGGAAAUGUCACCCUAAUGCCAUGUUGCACUUGGGAGCAGCUUCUUGCUUUUCAUGCAUGAUGAUGUAACACACUUUAAAGAAAAAAAAAAUUUUUUAAAGCUACAAAAUAACAUGUGCUGGUUAACAAUAAAUGCGUGUCUUUAAAUUUAGUGCUUCCAAGCUGUAUAAAAAUAAGUAAUCCUACUCGAGGACCAAUUUUAACUAUUUUGUCACUUAUUUUAUAUGGUUUGUUCAAAACCAGCCAUGAAACUUGCUUAAGGCACUGCGCAUUGUUUAAUAUUUCCUGUAAGUACGGCUGUAUAUUCAGAUUGCAGUUAUAAAAUGUAAAUGGAGGGAGAAAUGUGUAGGAUCUUAGAGCUAGCACAGUUGUCAUUACUGAGGUUAGAACACAAAGCACUCAUACUCCAGUGUUUCACUGUGUUAUGACUGAAACUGUGUACAGACUUUUGCAGUUAUCUGUUCACUUUAACCUUGAAUGUCACUGGAGGCCUCUGGUUCUUUGUGAGCAUAACCUGUGCAUAAACAUCAGUACUCGCCAUGCCUCUGUCUGCUUCUAGAUGCUGUGCUGGGAAUACCAGUUGGUGGUUAACUGGAAACUCCUCUGACUUCAUUUUCCAGUGUCACCUGUCAUGGACGCAAAGUGCAGGAACACCAUAGACUCAGUAUAUAAUGGUUCUUAUGGCUCUUGGGCAGCUGCCCUUUGAAACUCUGUUCUGUUGUCUUGCAGUCUAGAACUGAAUCUUUGCAGCUUUUUAAAAAAUAAACACAAAAUAACAGUUUUGUUGUGGCAAAGACCAGCUGUGGAGUGUGUGUACGGAUGGAGGGAGAGACACAGGUUAAUGUGGGUUCUCAAAGCUGGAGGGCAGCCAGAGCUCAGUGCUUUGCAAAGAGUCUGUAUUGCUGAAAUCACAACAGUGUACUCAUCAAUGACAAUAAAAAAAAUCUGAUUUUUCUAGAUCCUGG